ACCCCCCUUAAAGACUAUUGCGCGCAUUAAAUUGCUUUUCAUUUCCGUGCUGUGACAGUCUCUGAGAUUGGGGGGGAUUUAUGCAUUUUCACGAGUGACUUUCACUGCCAUGCUACGGUAAUUAUUUCAUAAUACGUCCUUCGCUGCAGGGCACGGGCUGGUUUGCACCAACCAACCGAGAUCAAGUUCCACUAGUUGACAACGCUGGGUGGAAAGAUGAAGCGCGCGCGUACAUAGGAUAUCCUAUGAGCAGGAGCAACAGAACUGCAGAAAACAGAAGAAGAAGAAGGAGAAGAGGAGGAAAGGGGGGGAUCGGAUUCUCGCAUCCGAGGAGGCAACUGGAGGAACAUUGAUCUCCGGUCGAUUUGGACGCACUGGCAAUUGAAAUAAAGAGACCUUGGGCAGAUCUAUACAUAAACUGGUAGGAGCCGCACCGCUGGCAGCAGACAGGGGUGGGGGGGAUUCGUGCCUCUCUCUGAGCCGCUUCCUUCGUCAGUGCGCAUGGAUGAAAGUCACAGUUAAAAUGCAUGCGGCAAGUCCUGUCUGAUGUGGGAUUACCACGUUUUUAUUCGCCCCCCUCGCCUCCCGACCAUGUUCCAACUUUGGUUUUGGCUCUUUUUCCGAGAUGACACUGCUAAUUUCAGUCGGCGCUGGGAGAGCACCGGAGCCCGUUUCGCCGCGCAGGCUGUCACAUCAUCGGCGUGAAUGAGAACGUUACCCGCGCUCGUCCAUGCCUGGUUUAUGGAGCUAAACACCGCGGAGACUUGACUUGAUUUUUUUUUCUUUCCUCUUUCUUUUCAUUUCUUUUCUUUUCCUCCUUUUUCUUUUAUUUUUUUAACCAUCCGGCUGAAGGGCGGACAGUGAAAUCACGAAAUCCAUGUUUUCACUGAGGCUGGGGGGAAAAGACCGGACACAGCCGUGAUUGUCGGCAUGUUUUGGCGUUUACCGGAAUCAGCACGAUGACACCUCAUACUGGUACUGCACUUGAGUGAGCUGGGGCAUCCUCUCCCAGGAAAAAUGCAUAUCUGGAUCCUAAAAAUAAUACUUCUGAUUGCAUCAUCUCUGAGGCUGGUUGAGAUGUAUGACAAUUAUGGGGAGAUCUGCCGAAACCUGUGCACGUGCGAGGAGAAGGAAGGGAUCCUGACGGUGAGCUGCGAGAACCGGGGGAUCAUCAGGCUGACGGAGAUCAGCCCUGUUCAGUACUCCAUGUACCACCUCCUGCUCACGGGGAACCUCCUGAAGAAGCUGUCGAUCGAUGAUUUCAUCAAUUACACCGGGGUGACCAUCCUGCACUUGGGGAACAAUGAUAUCUCUGAGAUAGAGUCGGGUGCCUUCAAUGGACUCCAGGGAUUAAAAAGGUUGCACCUGAAUAACAACAAGAUAGAAGUUCUGAGAGAUGAAACCUUUAAAGGACUUGAGAGCUUGGAAUACCUACAGAUUGAUUAUAAUUUCAUCACAAACAUAGAGUCCAACGCCCUGAGCAAACUACACCAACUAACAGUGAUGAUUCUGAACGACAACCUGCUCUCUGCCCUUCCUCCCAACAUCUUCCGGAAUGUCCCCCUUACGCACUUGGAUCUGAGAGGGAACCGCUUAAAAAUGUUCCCCUAUAUUGGCCUCCUAGAGCACAUGGACAAAGUUGUGGAAUUACAACUGGAGGAGAAUCCGUGGAAUUGCUCCUGCGAGCUCAUUGCUCUGAAGGCUUGGCUGGAGAGUAUAGCUUACACAGCUCUGGUGGGAGAAGUGGUGUGCGAGACGCCAUUCAGGCUCCAUGGAAGAGACCUGGAUGAGGUGUCAAAGCAGGAACUCUGCCCGCGAAGACCCCUAGAAGACACAGUCAGGCCUGCGCCGCCUAGCAGCACUAAUGGAUACUAUCAGACCACACCAGCCGCUGUCACAGCCUCUGCCACCUCCUCGGCUGUUUUAAGGUCUUCUUCCAGGCCUACCAAGGGCACACGGCAAUUGAACAGAACCAGGUUAAAGCCCACCUCCCGAAUACCAGGCGGCAAUCCAUACAACUAUGGCCCCAUCAUUGCUUUUCAGACCAAAUCUCCUGUGCCUUUGGACUGCCCCACUGCUUGCACAUGUAAUCUGCAGAUAUCUGAAAUUGGGUUAAAUGUCAACUGCCAAGAGAGAAAGAUUGAAAGCAUUUCUGACCUAAAACCCAAGCCAUACAAUCCUAAAAAAAUGUAUCUCACUGGAAAUUACAUCCCUGUGGUGCGGAGAUCCGAUUUUGUCGACGCCACUGGAUUGGAUUUGCUUCACCUGGGAAACAACAGGAUAACUCUGAUCCACGACCGGGCUUUUGGGGAUUUAACCAACCUGCGUAGACUGUAUUUGAAUGGUAAUCUCAUGGACAGGCUCACAGGAGAAAUGUUUUUUGGUUUGCAGAACUUACAAUAUCUUUAUUUAGAGUACAACAAAAUCAAGGAGGUCGAUGCGGGCACUUUCCGCUAUCUCCCUAAUCUGCAGCUGCUUUUUCUGAACAACAACCUCCUGAAAACUUUACCUGUGGGCAUCUUUUCCAGCCUCUCCCUGUCUAGGCUUAAUCUGCGUAACAACCAUUUCCAAAACCUCCCCGUGAGUGGUGUUUUGGAUCAGCUCAAGCUGCUGUUGCAGAUAGAUCUGUUUGAGAACCCCUGGGAAUGCUCCUGCGACAUAGUGGGGAUGAAGAUAUGGCUCGAGCAGCUCAGUGCAGGCACUGUGGUUAAUGAGGUCGUGUGCAAGACGCCAAAACGCCACACAGGAAUGGACCUGCGUUCUGUCCCGUCAGAGCAGCUCUGCCCAGAUUACUCCGAAGCCUAUGUCUCGCCAACUCCACCUACAGAGGAGCCCAUGGAUGAACACGUUGUCACCACAGGUGCUACUCGGAGGUUGGAACCCCCUGGCAGCACCGUCCCCCUCUCCGUCCUUAUCCUCAGCCUCCUGCUUGUUUUCAUCAUGUCUGUCUUUGUGGCUGCGGGGCUCUUUGUUGUGGUCAUGAAAAAGCGUAAAAAGUCUCAGAGUGACCGUACUAGCACUAACAACUCUGACGUCAGCUCUUUUAACCUGCAGUACAGCCUCUACAGCAACCGCUCUGGACCUAAAGUUAAGGCCCCGGCUGGUCAUGUAUAUGAAUAUAUCCCCCAUCCAAUGGGCCAUAUGUGCAAAAAUCCCAUUUACAGGUCAAGGGAGGGGAACACAGUGGAGGAUUACCGUGACCUCCAUGAGCUCAAGGUCACAUACAGGAGUACCCCAGAUGAUGAGAGGGACAGUAGUACGAUGAGGAGCCCUUCAUACAGUGUUAGCACCAUCGAGCCACGUGAAAACCCUUCCCCUGUGCAGGAUGCAGACCAUUUCUUCAGAGGGAUCCUUGAACCCGAUAAGCAGUCACCCCACCAGUCCAUCCCGUCAAUCCCAGCAGGGGCCAAUUUAGAGUACAAGUAUACGGGUCCCGUGUCGUACACGUACAACCCAAAUUUUGAUGUCAGACGUCAGUUCUUGCACCCGGAGAGAAUAAGAGAAACAGUGCUCUAUGGCACAGCACCCAGUACUGUUUAUGUCGAGCCCAACAGGAAUGAGUAUUUGGAGCUAAAAGCUAAACUGCAGUCUGAGCCUGAUUACCUCGAAGUUCUUGAGAAACAGACCACCUUUAGCCAGUUCUGAGCAACAGAGUCGUGAGCAUAAUGAAGCAUUUUCUCUCUCGACCCUCCUUGAAACAGUGGCUCAGUUUCUAGGGUGCCUUGGCACAAAUACAAACAAGCAAAAGAGAAAGAGUUGAAACGGGGUGUGCCGAACAAUCUUAUUCUUAUUUCAGAAACAUGACAUUACAGGAAUGGAUACAGCUUUCUCGAGACAUGGAUGAACAAAAUUGCUUAACUGAUGAUGCAAAAUCUAUUUUUCUAUGGUGAAGAUUGAAUAACACACAAAAAUGUAAGUGUACAGGUAAAUCUUACCCAACUUCAUUUUCAGGAAUAUAACCAUACAUACGAUAUAUUGUGAAUCAGAAAAAGAAAUGUUUAUAAAAAUCACACCUGGACAUACAAGAAAAAACAAACAAACAACAAAAAAACCCAACACAUUGUACAGCAGAUCAUCAAAACUGUGUAGGACUAUUUUCUGCUGUAGUCUGUAAGUAAGUAUUUAUUGAUAUAAUCUGCCAUGUCUUUUCAAAACUUUUGAUUCUUCAUCAGUAUUACCUGUGUCAUCAUACUCCAUCAUCCUCCGGAAAAAGGCUUAUGUUUCUAGUUUCAUUUACUGUAGCUCUGCAUUGUAAAAGUGGCUUUUCUUUUUCCUUUUUUGUUUUUCUUUUCUUUUGUUUCUCGGAAAGUGGCACACCCCAAUGUCCAAAACAGACUGCGUCAUUUGAAGAAGAUGAAAAAAAAGAAAAAAAGAAAAAAAGAAAAAAGAAGUGUCUUUGUAUGCUUUCUGCACUUUUUGGAAAUGGAAGGCAAGUUAGCCUUCAAUGAGCUCUCAUAAAGGAGAUUAUUAUAUUAAAAAUGAAUAUGGCUAUUCAUUCUUAAUAUGUAGGAUUGAUAUGUUAUCAAAACAAAAAUUCAUAAAUGAUAUUUGAAGUAUUAAUUAUGUUGUGUAAUACUGGCAUUUUAAUCAAUGUAACACCUAUUUUUAUACGAGCAUUGGCAAAUUCUCUAUCGAUUAUGGGUUUCUUUUGUUUUGAUUGCUUUGCACUUAUUGCACUAUAUUGACCAAACUAUGUUAUUGUCAUCAAAUAAACAUGAUGUCAGGUUCAUAUAAUGUGCUUAUGCGGAAACUGAAGGUGGAAUGAGGCCAUUUGGGUUUUUGGUUCAGCAUGUGGGUUUUAGAUGUGAAAUCAAGAGAGUUUUCCCACAGCUAAAAGUUGUUUUAUGCCAUAAUCAGUUAACAAUAUAUCGGCUGACAAGAUCAGACUAUGGUGUGCACUCAGUUAAAGAAGAUAAAGACAGUGUAUACGUGCUCCACUUAAAGUGGAGGUUGCGUCGUCAGUGAGAAUUGAAAUCAAUGGGUAUUAAUCAAUGACCAUUAUGUAAGGCUGGCCUUCUGCAAUUAUACCGCGACAACAUAAUCCAGAUUGUCGUCGGUCAAUGGAUGAGCAGGUGUUUUAUAUAAACAUCAUUUAACAUCUUCGCAAAGUCAGCGGGUAUGAAACAUAAAGAUGUGCUGGAUUAUGUUUUUGGUGUCGAAACGUAAUAGGUUUUGUUUGAUAUGCAAACGGUUUUGUAAGUCAAGAAGUUUAAAAAUAUAAGAAAACAUGUUCAAAAUCUGCUUUUUUUCUCCGGUCUUUCAAGUGCUUGUUUGUUAAUUGACUUUUCACUUGACCCACUUAAAUUCAAUAUGCAAAGUAGAUCUAUAAAAAUGCAGAGGAUGCACUGUGCCACCAUUUUCAGUGUGCAGCAAGCGUCACCAUUUAGGAAUUCAGUGUUCCAGAACUGAGAUGGGCACGGAUCUUUCUGGAGAGGAAUCAAAAGAAUGGAAGAAGUGUGUGUGUGUCUGUCUGUGUGUGUGUGUGGCGGGGGUGGCGGGGGGGUGGCUGUGCCACAUCAGACACCUUAAUGCGACACUUAAUUCUGACCUCAAAAGGAAUAACUAUGAAUUUAUAUUAUUUUAAUCGACUUUUUCCCUCUAGAAAACGUCUAUUUUACGGUAUUUAACUGUACUGAGUUUUCUAUGCGGUGCCAGCUGCCUUUUCUCAAUGACAAAAAAGGGAAAAAAUCCAAUGCUCUGGGUCCUCUUCUUUUGUUGGAGCUUUUCAUAGAAGCCCAGAAUGAGAACAGAAGGCACCAUUUGGGAGAUGAGGAGUCCUGGAACUGAGUGUAACUGUGGAUGUGUCAUACAUGUAGCAGGGGAUGUGAAUCAUAGCCAAGAAGUGCGUGCAGUUGCCCAGUAUUAGUGGCCUAUGGGAUGUCGCAGUACUGACAAUUUUUGACAUUAUUUAUUUUUCUGAUGCCAAUGUUGAAAGAGGAAAUCAUUAAUAGUUUACUGAGGUUCAACAAGGAUCUGAGCAGUGCGUUGACAAAUUGUUUAAAAUGCGGGCAGAUGGCUCUUUUUCUUUUUAUCUGUUUUAUUAUUAUUAUAAUACUCAUAGUAUUGUAUUUUUCAGGAUCAUUUGGCUACGUUCAAGAGAAAAAAGAAAAAAAACCAAAAAAAAAAAACCCGCUUUAGCACAAUUACAUAAUCACUGAAUCAUGUAUUCCAAAUGGGCUUGUUAAUACCAUAUGCGUGCAUAUGCACAUCUCUCUAGCCCAAACUCCCAGUGUGGACAUUCAUCACUCUGUCCUGGUGUAAUUGGGGGAUGGAUGCACUGAGAAUCCCACUGCAGGAGGCUAUAAUGUGCACGUGUGUGUGCGUACUGAUAGAGGGGAUUGGCGGGGGGGACUACUUCCAGUUGAAAUAAUGCUUUUAACCAGCCAAUGGCCUCUAGGUACACAAAUGGAUGCAUCAAGGAAGGACAAAGAGUUUAUCAUUAUUAUCCUUUCCCGGAUUAUUUAGUCUAUAGCCUUCUAUCAAGCUUCUAUAUAGUGCAUUCAGCGGCUGUGGAAGUUUUUCAGCAAUAAUCCCUCACACAAACAGUACGAUUUCUGCAGUGGUCAAUAUUUGUAUUCAGAUGAGGAAAGAAGCUCUAAGGUGAAAUAUCUCCAAAUGUGUUGCUUCAUGCUACACACGAGCCCCCAUGAUUUAUGGCUAAAACUCACUGUGUGGAAUCUGAUGCAGGGCUGAUGCAACACAAGGCGUGAUGUAGGUGCAGAUGUAGCUGUCACAGAGGCCUCACUCUUUUGCUUUGCUUGCAGCAAGGAAAGUUCAGAAGAUGCUGGUUAAGUUUGUUUAAAAGAUUUUUUUUUUCCUCAGAAAACUAAAAGCAGAGGGAGAGACACUCUCCUUCUGCUUUCACACCAUUUGAGAGUUAAUCAAUGUUGAAUCAGAGUGGGACAGCGCGUGAAACCCGUCCAAGCUGCGUGAAGUUGUUGGCUCAUCAUUCUGCUAUUUUCGGUACAUGGACUUUAAGUUGGAGGCAAUUAUUUUCUAACAGUGUAUGAAAAUACCCAGCUAAUUAAACAUUUUCUGGAUUUGAUUUAGCAGACUUAUGCUAAGAUUAUAUUUCAUAGCUGAUCAGAUGGCACUGGCAGAGUUUUGUGUUUAUGGUAAAUAAAAUCAGCUUGAUGCUACACAUACACAGGGCCACGUUUACCUACUACAGAGCCCAGGGGCAAAAGAAAGCUCAAGGCCCCCUUCAGUUCCAGUUCCUCUUUGUGUACUGCACAUGUAUCAUGUUGCCUUUUAAGUGUCCAUAAUGCAAAAUAUGUACUGUUUAGUUUGCUUCUGAACAAUUUUAUUGACUAAAUCAUAUAAACAGAAAUUAAAGUAUUCAAGUACAUUAAAGCCAGGACUUCAAUAAACAGUAAAAACUUUGAUUAUGCAUUAUUAGUUGUUAUGCAUAAGAAUAAUUUUUCAAGAUGUUUUAUAUAUUUACAUGUAAGCAACAAAAAAUUCAAAGCAUUCCACAAAUUCAGGAUUUAAUACAAAGUAGAAAUGAAAGCAUUGACCUUAAGCCCUCGUACUUUUUAUUGUUUUUAAGUCAUUUUUUUAUUUGAAAUGAAUCAAAUUUACAACAAAGCAAUUGUCAAAAACAAUGAAGACAGUCUUGAUUAUACAUAAUUGCUUAUACAUAAGCAAUGUGUGUAGAUUCACAUACAUAACAAAAACAGUGUUCAGUAGAAAUAUUAGGUUUCAGUCCUUUUACCUGUCGUAUACUUUAAUUUUGAAUUAAAUUUACCACAAAGUAAUUGUGAAAAGUUAUAGAGACUGUCUUGCUUAUGUGUUAAUGAGCUCUUAUGCAAAUGAAUGGCUUGUCAAAAUGUGUUGUGUUAAAAAAAAGCAAAAAAAGAUGUAUUUGCUUUUUUUAUUUUUUAUUUUUUUGUUAGGCCAAAACGGUGUAGAAAAUUUAAAUGAAUAUGUAGCAAAUGGUGUUUUAAAAAUAUUUAAUAUUUGAAUGGCUAAUGCUGAAUCAUUUUGUUUCAAAUCCUGAGAGCUCAAACAACACAAAUUCCCAUCAACUUUUUUGAUGAUCCAUUUGAUGAUUUCCUUCUUUCUUUAACAUUUUUUUCGUAAGGCUUUUAAUUUGAAGGAUUGUAUUAUUGAAUUGCUGGCCUGAUGAAAAAAAAAACAUUGACAAAAGUGAUUAAAAAUAAGUGUUAUUUUGAUGAAAUUAUUAUUUUUGUUUCUUAUCAUAUGAAAUGGGGGUUUCAAACUCAUGUCCACAUUUAAUAAGCUUUUUUUAAACAAAAUUAGCAAAAAAAUAAUUCAGUUAAUCAAUCAUUACGUCUCUUUUUUCACAUUAAUGUAAUUAAUGUAAUGUACCUGUCAUUACAGGUACAUUACAUUUAAAGGUUUUGUGCCUUUAUAAAAUGUAACAUUUUCACAAAUAAACAGUAGUAUUAUUUGCUUUUAUUAUUUAAACAGUCACUAGAUCUGAAGGCCAUCCAGUUGGCUGAAUUGGCCCCCCUGGAAGGCCACAUAUGUCGCCAAAGCCAUGUGUUUGAUACCCCUGCAAGUGCUUCAUUAUUUUAAGCUUGUAUGCAUUGUCUCUCUUUUAGUUUACCACCUAACGCUGCAACAACAUGUUUAAAUGAUAAUUAGGCCAAUGCGCGGCUGCCCGCUCUAUACGGAGACAAAUAGAGAGGGUGGACAUUUUCCAUAUGCUCGGGCGAGGCCUCGCCUACCCCCUGCUGAAGAUACCUCAUCCUCAGCGCUGCCUCGCUGCAUUCCUGCCACUCGGUCUCCCUGAUGAUGUGAGCAAUUGAGUUCAAGGAGAUCUGGGUAAUUGAGAGGGCAGGGAUGGCAUCUGACAGGCACCGAUGGCUCCAAUGAUUACUUUAAUCAGAGUGGUUAAUGGAAUUCCUUCAGGCAUGUAGAAAUGCUCAAAUGUUCAUCAGCAUUGAACCGAUUUUUACCCCCACUACUACACCUCCUCUUCUACCUCACAUUGCUAUAAUUACUGAUCAGUUUUCUUUCCUCUUUAUGCCUUUAGUUUCUGUUUAACACUCAGCAGGUGAUGAGGUGUUUGUUCCUGUGGUCUUGUGUGAAUCCACAAUGGAAGUCACUGGGAUGCUUUAUGGUCAGAAUGCAUUAUGGAUGAAGUGUUUCUAACAUUGGUAAAUGUGUUAACAUUAAAAGGGUCAGUCAAGCACCCAAACACAGUGAAAUCUGUAUACAGACAAGCGUGUGCUCAUAAAAAUACAGAGCACUUUAGGCUUGUGUAUAAUGACUGCUCAAAAUGAGACGUUUAUGUCUUAUUAUCCAAAUAAAAUAAUUGUUCUGUUCCAUGAACACUUUACCAACUUUCAGGGCUAAUCAGCCUCUAAGUUAACAGCCUUACUGUCUAGCCUGUGCUGAAUAAACUUUAAGAAACGAUCCAUUGCACAGUCUGGAUCCAGACUCCGAUGCCAUCUGCCAAACAAACCAGGCUACUUGUUGUUUAAAUUCUGUUUAUAUAAUUGGUUUGAGAACAUUUUUUCACCCUUUUGUGAUAUGCAUGCUGGCAAAAUGUGACAGAUAUAUUUGUAUAAUUUUGAAUUGAUUUGUUGGUUCUUGUGUCCAUCUGCAAACUGUCUGGCUAUGUAAUGUUUGUAAGAAAUGAACAAUGAUUUUCCUUUGGGGCAUGGUAAAAUCACAAUGUUUUCCUUGCACGCUUUCUUUUUAAAAUAGCUAACGACAUGAAAGGCCAGAAAUAUUAUACCAACUGUCACUUGAACAAUGUGUUAACUUGUUUUAUGUUGUGUUUACUAGCAAAGCAAGCAGCUGUACUAAUUAGCAGAACUUCACCUUACAUAAUUUUCCAUCCAAAAGAUUAUGAUAUUCAAUUUAGGAUGUUACUACAUAUACAUACACUUAUUACUCCCAGAUUAGGCUCAUUUUGCCUUUAAAACUUCCAUAAUUCUUCAUGGCACAGCUUUGACAAGGUGUUAAUGUUCCUCUGAGAUUUUGGUCCAUUAUCAUAUGAUAACACAUAGCACCACACAGUUGCUGCAGAUUUGUCAUCUGCUGAUUUGUGAAUCUGCAAUUUCACCACAUCCCAACGGUGUUCUGCGGAGGCCAUUUGAGAAAAAUCAACUCAUUGUUGUGUUCAACAAACCGAUUUGUGAUGAUUUGAGUUUUGUUACCAUUUGGUGCAUUCUAAUGCUGGAAGCAGCCGCGAGAAGAUGGUCAUAAAGUGAUGAACAUGGUCAGCAAGCCUACUCAGGUAGGCUGUUUCACUGAUGUUAUUUAUGCCAAAUUCUGAGACUAGCAUUUGAAAGUCACAGCAAAAAAAGAAAUUCUAAGUCUUCUCAAUCUACUGUUGUCCAGUUUUGGUGAGCUGGUUGAACAGUAACAUCGGUGUCCUGUUUUUAGCUGUCAGGAGUAGCGUCCCAUCUGCUUCAAGUCUCGAUGCGUUGCGCAUUCAGAAAUGCUCCUCUGCAUACCUUGGAUGUAAAAAGUGGUUAUUUGGGUUACUGUAGCCUUCCUAUACGCUCAAGCAGUUUGGCUGUUGUCCUCUGAUCUCGACAAGACAUUUUACCGGUAAACAGCUGCUCACUGGAUAUUUUCUCUUUUUCUGACCAUUUUCUGUAAACCCUAGAAAUAGGGUCAACAUCAACUAGCUGCAAUGUCAUUGACUGAUUAGAUAUAUGCAUUAACAAACAGUUGAACAUGUGUGACUAAUCAAGUCUAUAUAAAGUAAAAAUAUAGGAAAUGAAGCUUGAAUUCGUGGAAUCACAGUCAGAAUAUACUGACAGGCCUCUGUUUUUCUUUGGAAGAUUAAAAUCUGUGCACACAUCAUGUGCUUCAGGUUCUGCCUGAAUGUUAUUUCCACCAACAUGUCCCUAAGGAAUAAUGCAUAAUAUCCUCUCUGCAAUGUUUUGUUUGAACAUGAUUACUCAUGAGCACAAAUAACAUCCCACUAAAGGAAAUAAGAUCCCAAGGCUAUAACCUAAAGGCUAUAAUGACAGGGAUGAAACUACAGAGCGCAGAUUUCUACGAGUUCAUUCAAUCAUGUCAAAAUUCCAUCAGGAUAGUCUGACUUUCAUUCCCUGUAGUCAGAUUUUAGGCCAAGCAUUCAAGUUUGAUUUCAUGUGUUUUGGAAUUAGGUCUGUAUUUAUGCAUGCAUAGUUUAUUUAUAUAGAAUACUUUACUAUUGUAAUCCUGUGUGUGCAUGUAUGUCUGUGUGUGUGCACAUGCAUUAAUGUCGUCAUGUGACAUGGCAUGACAUAGGAGUAAAUCCCUCUUUUGCUUAAAAAACAACAUAAUGGAAGUCAUUCUUAUUCUGCUGUUACCAUUAGAGGCACCCCCACCCCUCUCAAUUCAAUGUGAAAGGUAAUCCUGAAUACAGAGUGGCUUGCAAUUAUGCUGAGAGCCAGUGUGGCAUAUGUACAAUACUCUAAAUAGAGUACCAUAUAUUGUUCCCAUGCUGUGAGGGGAAAAAAAAGAAAAAUCGAGGGAUAAGCUGACAUAAAUGGAGUUUGAUACUUACCAACAGAUAUGUGUGAUCAAAGCUUUUAAAGAGCUGCCUUUAUAUCACUGACUAUGUGUAUUUGAAGAGAUACGAAGAUGUUGUUUCAUGUUUUAUUUAGUCAUUUUUUGCACCCUUUUUUUUCUCAUGGUUUCAUUUUCUUUCCAUAAUACGCCUGCCUCCCCCUUCCUUCCGUCGUUUACCCUAUCCUCCUUUUCAGUUCCCACCGGGCAGCCUGGUUGUAUUCAUCAGGCCUCCCGUUUUGUUUGUUUGUUUAUGGCGGCUGCACCCGUUGAUCCAGAGCUGCAGUAACCCUGUUGUUUGAUAAAUGGCAACCAUAGCAUUACUGACUCCCCAGCCGAGCCUGGUGAUGCCUGGCCAAAAAAACAACAGGUUGAUGUAUGGCUUCCUUCAGAGUGUCAAGUCAUUUAAGUAGAGUCAGUCCAGGUACUGUGCUUCUAUAUACAUCUGUGUCUGUGGGUGAACACCUUGGAAUCUUGCCCUGUCCUGGUCUGGCUCAUGUGUGUCAUCAGCUUGAAAAUUUACUGACAAACAAAAAAAAAGAAAGUCUAUCUGUGAUCAACAAAGCAUGAGAAAUGCAUGUUUGUCAGGUUAUUGUUAGGGAAUUUUGUCAUGCAAGUUGACAGCAGCGGGAAACAAGGUCGAGCCAGGGGACAUCACUGUUAUGAUCUAGACUUGUUUUUCCAUCCGGUUUGGAAUUGCUUGAGAUGUUUGAGAGGAUGAAAGGGUUACUCAAGUGACUUUAAAGUUUUCCGUGAAGACUUGUGAGAAAGAUUUAAAAAAGAAAUCUGUCAAAAUUGAGCAUGAAUUUUAGGACUCAUGGGUAAAGCUCCACAGAAACCAAAAAGCUCACAAAAGCAGAUAUUCAUUGCAGAAUUAUUAUCUCAAAAAGAAUUAAUUUCUCAACAAUACUCUUGUAGUAGCCAGUCUUAGAUAGUUGUUAGCUAUUUAGGUAUUAGAUUUAUUUCUUGCAGAGAUUUGUGGAUCAAAAUGUUUGACUAACAAGAAAUGGGAACUAGGUGGGUGCAGGGGGUUUGGUUGCAACUGGCUAAUCAAAUGAGUAACUACUAUUAGUAUAACGCCAGAGGACCAACAAAGACAAAGGACGUUAAAAAAAAUUCCUAAUUGAGUACACCAUACAUGGGUGAAACAGAGCCUGAAGGAUGGAUGUGAACUUUCUCAAUCAGGCCUGCAACAUCCUAAAAGGGAACACAAAUCAAUCCUCCAAAAAAAUCAAUAACAGACCACAUUAUGAGACUGUACUGCUUUUACUCCAUCCCAGUGCAUUUAAUCAGUAACCCUAUUUAGUAGCUUGUAUCAUAAGAAAAACUGUAGGCUUGUUUAAAUAACUGUACAUAUAGAAUUUAGGUGACUUGUAGCCAAGUUUGAGUUGAGUUGACUGAAGUGUGGCUCUUACUUUAUGUAUUUUUUAAGUCAGUAUCGCCCUCUAUACCAGAAGAUAAUUAUAUUAGCAUUUCGCAGAUUCCUGACAAUUCCAAAAGAAAGGGGAACUCUGAUGAACAUUUGAAUCACCUAAAUUUGGCUAAAAAUACUUUUAAAAAAUGCAAGUUAGUUUUAAUUUAAAGAUCACAAAUAACUGAUGACUAGCUGGCAAAAAUAGCAACAGGCUGGCAAAAACAACAACAGCUAAGCUAGCAUUAGGGCAGCUAAUUUUAGAUUUGAGUGUCUUGAAAAAAAUAGUUUCCUUGUGAAAAACAGUUUGAUUACAUUUAUUCACUCAUUAUCUAAGCCUGAUAGCAGCAUUUCAAAGAAAGUUUGUGUAACUAACACAGGCUAAACGUCCUCAAUAGCUCACCUCGGUUCCGCAGUGAGUUUUAUUGACUCACCAUCCUGUAUCAGACUCCUUUCACAAAGUUUUACUGUCUGCUUAACACUAAAUAGAUGUGAAGACUUUACACCCACUAUUUUGACAGCUGAGGUAAACAGCGGGCUGACAGACUACAUUUAAUAUAUACGAACACUAGCCAAAGCAUUUGAGGUGACUCAGGAGUAGGAACAUAAAAUACUGCAUAUUUUACUGACAUGCAUCAGAUUUUUUUUUAUUCCAGAUUUAGUGUUAGGUUUUGAUAUUAGUUAAAUAUGUCAGAAUGUAAUGUGUACAAAAAUGUUUUAAUACACAGACAGUAGCAGAAACCUGCUGGCUAUCCUUCACUGGGACGGGGCAUAGAGC